UGGUGUACCACCUGUGUAGAGUUGGUGGAAGUGUGUGCAGUGCGUACACCCAUACAGUGUUGCACUCGAUAUUUCGACUACCACCACGGCAGUGUAUAUCUUUUCAGCCGAACACAGAGUCAUGAGACGCGAAUCGGCAUACAACGUGUAUGAUACAAGUAAAAUAUAAAAUUGCAAAAUUUAUCGCGAUGGCUUCAUCUUCGUCUUUGAAUAGUGAAUAAUAAUGAUUCCGAUAUCCCGCAAUGUGGUUUCUGCGAUAUGUGGGAAACAAUGGUCCAAAUAUUUAAUCACAUGAAAAAGGAACAUUCUCAAUCGUUCGAUGACGACAUCGUAGACAGCGACGAGUCGAAUCAUAAAAAUAAUAACAUCAAAACUACAAACUCUGACGAAAUAGUCUGUAAGAUCGGUCGUUGAAUGGGGUGAACCCGAAACAAAAUUCUUGCUAUCAAAAUACAACGACUACAUGACAUCCGUCGGCUCUCGCAAGACCUUUAGGACAGUGAAAAAUAUGUUCCAACGCAUAUCGGAAGAUUUGAAAGAAGAGUUGGAUAUUACUCGAAGUUGGUCGCAAUGCCAAAAUCGUUAUAAAACUAUAAUGCGACGUAAGAGAGACGCUGUUAAUAAUAAUAAUUCAACGGGUCGAAAUCGUAUAACUGUACCUUAUGUAGCGGAAUUAUCAGAUGUAGUGGCUAAGGAUGAUAGUAUCCUAUCAGAGGUACUGAUGGGUACAAAACGUACAAUUCUUAACAAAAAGACUCCUGAUAAUUUCUUGCUAGAAAAUAUAAAUGACAAUGUUGAGAAGCAAUCAAAGAUAAAAAGGAAGAAAAAAGAGGAAACAUCCAUUAAUAAUAUUUUGAAAGAAGCUUACACCAAAAAAGAAGAAGGUAAAGAAAGAAGGCACAAAGAAAAAAUGGAACUCUUAAUGAAAUUUGUAGAAAAACAAGUUGGUCCUUUGGAUGCAUGAAAAGAAAAAAUUUAAGAUUUAAUAUUAAGAAAAAAAUUAAAAAUUUAGAUUUUAUGCCUAAUUUUUCAUAUUUUAAGUUAUAAGUAUAUUGAGAAAGAUUAGUAUAGUAAGAAAAGAAAAGAUUUAAGAUCCAAGAUUUAGA